AUGGCUCGUUACCUUAGUAGUACCUACCUAGGCAGAAGCCCAGGCAGUAGUCAGUCCAGGUGUUAUACCAAAGUUUUGCAAAACAGUCUAACUACUCAUGUUGAGCCUUCAUUAAACAAUCUAAAAGCCAGUUACGAGAUAUAUAAAUCUGACAUUUAUCGAUCCGCCUACAUGGUCCCAUUACACGAGGAUAUCUUCGCGUCUUGUGACCAUGAUCCCGAACCCGAGUCUGGGCCUUUCGAAGAAAUUUUUGAUUUUUUCUGCACACCAGUAAAACUCGGUAGGCGCUGUUUCCGGUGCCGUUUGAAGCUAGCAUCAGGGGAAGAGACUAAGGAAUCUACCAAGUCAGCACUUGAACUCGUUGUUACUUCUCAAGGUGCUCAAGGUGCUCAAAGAAACAACGAAUCUGAUGAUACUAUCCUGGAGCCAAUCCCAAAACCUACCAAAGCCAAAAUGAAACGAUACGGCCACAAAAAGUUGCACAGAAUGGAGAAAUUCCGAGCGCCAUCCCAUGGUCCAGUUUCAAGUCUCAACUACGAGAUUGCUCACAGACUACCCCCAAGAAUAGAACCGAGAGCUUUCAUACUUCUUCCCACGAGACAUACUUUUACGAUGGUGCAAUAA